AUGGCAACCACAUCGAGUAUGCUUGAUCAAACCUACAUGCAUGCUUGGUCAGGGAAUGCUGUCUCAGACUACAGUGCGGAGGAGAGCAGUGCAGAGCUGUGCGACUCUGGACUCCCUGAUCCCGAGGUCUGCGAUGUUCUGCACAUACCACCAAAGGAGACUGCGGUAGUCAGCGAAGCAUGGUCUAGAGGACGAUGGCUGCUGGGGCUGUUAGUGCUGCAGAGCACAUCAUCGAUGGUGCUGGACAUGUAUCAGGACCUGCUGAGAAACCAUCUGGUGAUAACGCUCUUCUUGACAAUGCUGGUGGGCGCUGGCGGCAACGCUGGCAACCAGUCUGCCAUCAAGGUCAUCAGAGGGCUGGCAAGGGCCGGGUUUGCCAGGGUGUAUGUGUCGGAGGGGGGGUUGCUCGACUCUUUUGCCAUCUCCACCUCGCUGUUUUUCAUUGUUAUGACGUCAGUGCUCACAGGCACUGUGCUGCCCUUUGCGCUGGCCUUUGUUGGUAUAGAUCCCGCAAAUGCUGGGACCACCAUUCAGGUGUGGUGUGACAUCACCGGAUGCCUCAUCACUUGCGUCACAUGCAAAAUGGUUCUGGAACAGCUGGCUAAUGUGUUUCCAGUAGCUUCCUAG